CUUUUAAUAUAAAACAACUGCUGUGAUUUCAUAAUUUCUGCUUGGUAAUAAUCAGGUGAAGUGUCAUAUAUGCAGCCACUAACGUUGUAUGAACCGUGACCUGUGCUGACGGUCUUGUAUUUGUGAGCUCUAUUAAUAUCAUUAAAAAUGCGGUCUGUUUUAAUCGGGACAGUUUUACUGUCAAUAGCAGCGGCUUAUUAUAUUUAUCUACCUCUGCCCAGCACUAUAUCAGAGCCAUGGAAACUCAUGACUGUGGAUGCAAUGCUUCGUGGCAUCAUGAAGUUGAGUUUUGUUGCUCAUGAUGUUGGACUGACUUCUUCCCCAUUCGGUUUGCUAAAAUACGUUAUGGCCUGGAUGGAUGUCAAAAGUAUUGAAUCUAGCCCAACCGUCCGAGUGACAGAUGCGUCUUUUGGAGGAGUGGAAGCACGAGUUUUUGAGUCAGUUUCUGCAGGGCAGGACCAGAGCUUGAAAAGAGGCGUGGUUUAUUUCCAUGGAGGAGGAUGGACACUUGGCAGUAUAAAGAUGGAACCAUAUCACCUUCAGUGCAUGGCUAUGGCUGAAGAGCUGAAUGCAGUCGUGAUAUCUGUCGAGUACAGGCUGGCACCGGAGGGACGUUUCCCAGAUCAGUAUAAUGAUGCUUUUCAGGCCUCAAAACACAUCUUGACAGCUGAGGUGUUGAGUCGGUACUCUAUAGACCCGAAAAGAGUGGCUGUGUCAGGUGACAGCGCAGGAGGGAACCUGGCCGCCGCUGUGGCGCAACAGAUUGUUCUGGACAGUAGCAUUUCUAUUAAAUUCAAACUUCAGGCUCUGAUCUACCCCGCGCUUCAGGCCCUAGACUUCAACACCCCUUCGCACCAGCAGAACAGCGAUGCUCCCAUCCUAUCCAAAUCAGUCCUGGCCCGCUAUUGGCUGGAGUACCUAAACGGCGAGCAGAAACUAGGUCCUGCGUUGCUGGCAAACGACCACGCGGCUCUGGAUCAGGGUCAGGCAAUCGCAGCUGCCAAAGCCAAAAUCGACUGGACCAAGCUUCUUCCAGUGGCCUUCCAGAAGAACUAUAAACCCACGUUUCCGCUUCACGGCGACCCAAAACUGCUGGAGAAGCUGCCAGGCCUGCUGGAUGUGAGAGCGGCGCCGUUACUAGCCGAAACGGAAGUGCUGAAGGCUGUGCCACCCGCUUACAUCAUGACCUGUGAACAUGACGUGCUGAGAGACGACGGGCUCAUGUACGCCACACGACUGAAAGAGGCCGGAGUGGAUGUCACCGUCGAUCACUAUGAAGAUGGGUUUCAUGGAUGCUUUGGUUUUACUUUUGGACCGUCUAUGUUUUCUGUCGGAAAACGAAGUUUAGGGAACUACAUCCACUGGCUGAAAGAGAACCUCUAAAGAGUCAUACGGACUGGGUCAAUGUUAAAUACAGUUGGGGUCAAAAAGUUUACAUACACCUUACAGAAUCAGCAAAAUGUUAAUUAUUUUACCAAAAUAAGAGGGAUCGUACUGACCUGAGUAAGAUAUUUUACAUAAAAGACAUUUACAUAUAGUAAACAAGAUCAAAUAAUAGUUGAAUUUUAAAAAAUGUCCACGUUCAAAAGUUUACAUACAUUUGAUUCUUAAUACUAUGUUGUUACUUGAAUGAUCCUCAACUGUUUUUUGUUUAGUGAUAGUUGUUCAUGAGUCCCUUGUUUGUCCUGAACAGUUAAACUGCUCACUGUUCUUCAGAAAAAUUCUUCAGGUCCCACAAAUUCUUUGAUUUUUCAGCAUUUUUUUUUUGUUUUUGUACUCUUUCCAACAGUGAUUGUAUGAUUUUGAGAUUCAUCUUUUCACACUGAGGACAACUGAGGGACUCAACUGUUACAACUUGAACAAGUUCAAACGCUCACUGAUGCUUCAGAAGGUAAAACAAUGCAUUAAGAGCCGGGGGUGAAAACUUUUGGACAGAAUGAAUGUGUACAUUUUUCUUAUUUUGCCUAAAUAUCAUAUUUUUUUUUAUUUAGUACUGCCCUUCAGAAGCUACAGAAGAUAUUUGCAAGUUUCCCAGAAGACAAAAUAAGUCAGAUUUACUCUGACCUUCAAAUUCCAAAAGUUUUCACCCCCUGGCUCUCAAUGCGUAGUGUUUCCUUUUGAAGCGUCAGUGAACAUUUGAACCUUCUGUAUUACAUUUAAGACCUUUUAGGGCCAGAUAUAAUUUUAGAUGGAUAGCACAUGUUCGUAAAAAAAGUGUCAUAAAAUAAUUUCUCAAAGCAUAUGUUUACAUCAUGUUUACAUAUAUCUUCCGACUGUUAAAAUGCACUAAUGGGAAAAAUGCAUAAAAUCUAACUCAUGGGGUUAUGAUAUACAAAGGUAAAAAAAGAGUCAAAUUAGUCAAAUAAAAACUAGUACAUUUACUUUUACCCAAAAAAUAAAUAAAUAAAUAUAUAUAUAUAGAGAGAGAGAGAGAAAGAAAGAUUUUCGAGAAAAAACAUGGUUAUGAGGUAAUGAGUCAAAUAAAAGAAGCAGUAUAUUUACUUUUCAAAAAAAAAAAAAAAUUAAGAUUAAUUAAUAAUAGGUUGGAUGGGGAAAAUGAAUAAUAUCUAUCAUUCUUGGCCUGACAGGGCUUUCAGGGACAGAUAUAAUUUUAGAUGGAUAGCACAUGUUCAUAAAAAUAUGUUUAUUCCAUAAAAUCGCUUCUCAAAGCAUAUCAUCAUGUUUACAUAUAUCUUCCGACUGUUAAAAUACAACACUACUGGGAAAAUGUUCAAACUCCUGUCUGGGAAUUGCAACAUCUUUGGCAGUUUCUUUGCUGCUGGCAGUCAGCAGUUUUGACAAAAGGGAAUUUCCUAAAAACCUAGCGGUGUGGUGGUUUAAUGAAACACGAGCUGGAAGGGAGUAUUUGGGGGAAGCUAUCCGUCACUGUUAGCGCAUGGGAAACGCCGGGGGGAGCAGAUAAGCGCGGCGGAAUGCAGCUCUCGCCUUUUUUUCUCACCUGUGAGACCUUUACAAUAAUUGCACCUUUGCGUUUUUUUUUUAAUUGGAAGUGUGGGGACAAUAAUCAGUUUCUGUCACUAUGAUUACUUUCAGGGAAAAACUUUUUAAACAUGAUCUUUGUAAUACUUUUUUUUUUUUUUUUUAGCUCUUAUUGUUUUGUAACCACUCUGCAUGCCAGUUUAGAAAAUGAUACUACUAUCUUCUUUCGGGUAUGAUGAGUAUGUGAGUCAGUGUAGGCUGUAAUUAUGUUUCUUUUGAUGCUGUGUUAAAAUAUAACAAUUGUUUUGGAACUGUCUUGAUUAUGUGAUUUCUUGGGUACAAAAUAAAGCACUGAUUAUGGUUUGC